GGGGCCAGCGGCGGCGCCGGGCGGUGAUGGCGGCGGACGCGGACUGGGAGGAUUUCUAUGAGUUCCAGGAGUCCGCCCGGAGCCUCCCGAGCCAGGAGAACUGCCCCGCGCGCGCCGAGGCCGGGGCGGGCGCGGGUGGCGACGGCUUCCUGGCGCUGGCCUGCAGCCUGGAGGAGAAGCUGAGCCUGUGCUUCCGCCCCUCGGGGCCCGGCGCCGAGCCCCCGCGCGCGGCCGUGCGGCCCAUCACCGAGGGCGGCCUCCUGCAGGGGGACGAGAUUUGGAAUGCCCUGACAGAUAAUUAUGGAAAUGUGAUGCCUGUAGACUGGAAAUCAUCCCAUACUAGAACCUUGCAUUUGCUUACCCUGAACCUCUCAGAAAAAGAGAUAAGUGACACUUUGCUCUUUGACACAUCAGAUGAUGAAGAGCUGAGAGAACAGCUGGAUAUGCAUUCAAUCAUCGUCUCCUGUGUGAAUGAUGAGCCCCUUUUCACUGCAGAUCAGGUUAUUGAAGAAAUCGAAGAAAUGAUGCAAGAAUCCCCAGACCCAGAAGAUGAUGAAACCCCCACACAGUCAGAUCGGCUUUCAAUGCUUUCCCAGGAAAUUCAAACUCUUAAGAGAUCUAGUACAAGCAGUUAUGAAGAGAGAGUGAAGAGACUCUCAGUAUCUGAACUGAAUGAACUGCUGGAAGAAAUUGAGACCGCCAUUAAGGAAUACUCUGAAGAGCUGGUGCAGCAACUGGCCCUGCGAGAUGAACUGGAGUUUGAAAAGGAAGUGAAAAACAGCUUUAUUUCUGUUCUCAUUGAAGUGCAGAACAAACAGAAAGAGCACAAGGAAACAGCCAAAAAGAAAAAGAAACUCAAGAAUGGCAGUUCUCAGAAUGGCAAGAGUGAACGAAGUCAUAUGCCUGGCACACGCUUCAGCAUGGAAGGGAUCUCAAAUGUCAUUCAGAAUGGCCUCCGCCACACCUUUGGAAAUUCAGGUGGAGAGAAACAGUACUUGACAACAGUCAUUCCUUAUGAGAAAAAAAGUGGACCACCAUCUGUGGAAGAUCUUCAGAUAUUAACAAAAAUUCUUCGUGCCAUGAAAGAAGACAGCGAAAAAGUUCCAAGUCUGUUAACUGAUUAUAUACUGAAAGUUCUGUGUCCCACAUAGGGCAGUGGCACUUCGGGAGCAGCUGUCGUGUGUGGACUACAAGCUACAUUUCCUGUAGUGUUGCUCUGAAAGCUGGCUGCUAUCAGUACCUGCUGUUGGAAACUCAGCACACUUGGACCUGGGUUUGGAUUCAGUAUUAAUAGAUCAUGCGCUCACUCAUUCUUUAUAUGAUAGAAUCAAAAGACCUAUGGCACUAUUUUGAAUUCUAAAGGUGGUUUUUUGUUAAAUACUAACGAUUAUGAACUCUUCUCCAGCUUUGUGAAGUAAGGGAGAGUAACAAGAAUUGUGCUUGUGCAAUUUGUCAUUGACAGGAUGCCCAUUUGUGUUUUUAUGGCUUUUUAGACCUAAACUGCACUGAAGAAUUAGACAAAAACAUGGAGAAAUUUAUACUAUAGUUGUUCUUCAGUGAUGGCAAAAACCAACACUGAUUUUUGUAAGAGAAUUAUCAGUAUAAAUUAUUACCUACUGGUGGUGUCCAGAGAGACUGAAAUUUAACAACCUUGGGCUGUUCUUAGAAGCAAUGAAAAGAGACUAACCAGAUGUGUUAUGUUGGUUUACUAUGUAGUAAACAUCAGAACUGUUAGACAUGACUGAUUUUAGUUUGUUGCACGUUUCACUGUUCAAAUUUUAACCAUUAAGUUGCCAUUCACUUUUACUUAGAUGUUUAAAUGUUUUAUGUGUUUGUGAAGAAGCGUACUUUAAAAGGAGCUUGCAUCCUUUAAGGUGCUUGAGAAACUGUAUGCUGCCACAUUAUCCACUUCCCAUUCCUGUGUUCUAUUUUAUUCAUACCCCUGUGUUUUCUGAGAGUACCGAGUAUGGAAAUAGCUUUAUCACUAAUCAUGAAGCACCUCUGCCAGUUUCAAUCAAGUCAAUGCCCUUUAAUAAAUGUUGGGGGAAAAAACUAAUAUACGCUUGAGGACUUUAUAAUUUUUCUUCCCUUUCAGUGCUAGAUUCUCUCCCUUCCUAUCCACACAGAGCCCACCAUUACAGUGUACGAGCUGAUGAAAUCCCAGUUAGCCUCAUGAUGCUAAGGAGAGAAGAGAAGGGCUUUUCCGAUUAUGCUGAGCUGCUACGGAAUGAUAGAAGUCCUGCCCUUUUUCUGGGUCUGUGAGACAUUCCCAUCAGGUAUGGCGCUUUUCUCCCGUGUAGGACCAGUUAUAUCUUGGGGCUUAAAUAUCUGUGAGCACAGGGCCUAUCUGUACUCCUCAGUCAGUAGUUGGGAGAGCAGACUGCAAAAAGGAGUUUGUUUGAGAUCAAGAACCAAGUUGCAAAGAAUCCCUUUACAGCUUUGUCUUUUGAAGAAAACAAAACAAACUGUGGAACUACAGUGCACUCCAAGUGCCAUAUAUCUAUUUUAUUCUUCAGGAAAUUAUAUUUUUCUUUUACAAGAGCACAACAGGAACCAAAGUAAAAGAGUAAUAGAUACAGCACUCAGGAUAAAUCAUAUCUUUAAAAUAAAAAAAAAAUUUACACCUUGUCCUAUAUCCUGUUAGUAUUUUCAUAAUAUGGCCAUGAUUGUAAAAACAAAAAGCAAGCAUUUACAAUUUUUUGAUAGACUUUUUAUGCCAGGAAUGGAUUAAUUGUCAACAAAAUUUUAUACUAAUCAGGCUGAUGUAAGUCUAUUUUGGUAACAUAUUAUUAACAAAUUUAUUUUGGAAAUAGAUAAAAAUAUUGCCCCUUGAUAAUAAAUCUUUUUUCUUUGAUGCAAACAGCUAGAACACCUUUUUCUUUUCUUUUUGAUAUUCUAAGACAAAAAAUGGCUAAUCUUCAGAUUAAUAAAUUAGGUCAUUAUAAUAAUAAAUUAAUUUUUUUUAAAGUUCAGCAACCUCUGUCCAAGUAUUUACAACAAUACUUGAAAGUUCCUUUACAAAACAGAACACAUUUUCUUUUCACAUUAAGCAUACUGGGUAUCUGUGUCUUUCACAACAAGCAUUUUUAAAAGAAAAAAAAAAAUCAAUGCACAAAUGGGUAAUUAGUAUAAAAGUGCUAAGAGCUGUUUGAAAAGUUAACACUAUAGUAUACAGUCAGUUAUAUUUGAGGCAAACUACAACAAACUUCCAGCUUAUUAUGGACAAUAUUCCAGUAGUUGUUUCAAACAGUUGUUUGAAAAAGAAAAAAAUCCAGGAGCUGAUUAGUGAUGCAGAUAAACUGCUAUCAAUAUCUCUGGCCAGUGAGCAAAUUGAAAACCAACCGAAAACAAAUCCAAAUGAGGAAGAUUUUAGUAAAGGAAUACCUUCUUUGUAGCAGAUGUGAUGCUGACUGCUCAAGGCGUGUGCGUACACACACAAACACACACACAAGCAUACUCACACACACACAUCUUCCCAAUUCAACUGCAGGUAGGAUGAAAAUUUGUGUUAUUCAAAAAAUUUAUAAGUGAUCAAAGCAUUGAUAUGGAAUGCCUGUUUGUCUUUGUUCUGGUUAAAAUCUCAUAAAAAUACAUUCAACAGGAAA